UGUAUUGUACUCUUUUGUGGAGUGAAGAAAAAGAUGCCUUCUGCACAUCUAAAGAGACAGGAAGGCAGGAAGGCAGGCCAGAAGAGGAAAGCGAAUGGCUUAGCACCAGAAAACCAAAACCCUCUUCCACCUUUUGAGUGAAGAAUCGAAAUUUGCACACUCUUCCCCCACUUUUGAGUGAAACACCCACUUCCCCAUUUCCCCACUUCCCCCAAAUUUUGCACCUCCAUGCUUUGAUUCUUCAAUGGGGAUGAAAAUGAAAAUGGGGUUUUCUUCUUUCGGUUCCUCUUCUCUUCUUCUUCUUCUCUCUCUGGCUUUCUUCAUUUUUUCACUGAUUCCACCUGCUCAAUCUGGUUCUGAUUACGCCUCCUUGGUUUACAAGGGCUGCGCCAAGCAAGCUCUCUCAGAUCCAACUGGGGUUUACUCUCAAUCCCUUUCAGUUCUUUUUGGUUCGUUGGUUUCACAGGCCACCAAGGCCAGAUUCUACAAAACCAGCUCUGGAAGUGGCCAAGCCACCAUUAACGGCCUCUUCCAAUGCAGGGGAGACCUCAGCAAUGGCGACUGCUACAAUUGUGUGAGCAAAAUCCCUCAAAUGGUCCAGUCUCUCUGCGGCAGAACCAUAGCCGCGAGAGUUCAACUCUACGGCUGCUAUUUACUCUAUGAGGUAUCUGGGUUUGCUCAAAUUUCAGGGUUCGAAAUGCUGUACAAAACUUGUGGGGGGACGAAUGUCGCCGGAAGUGGGUUUGAAGAGCGGCGGGACACGGCGCUCUCUGUCUUGGAGAACGGCGUCGUGAGCGGCCAUGGAUUCUACACAACAAAUUACCAAUCGGUUUAUGUGUUGGGACAGUGUGAAGGGGAUUUGGGGGAUUCAGAUUGUGGAGAGUGUGUGAAAAAUGCAGUGCAGAGAGCUCAGGUGGAAUGUGGGAGCUCCAUUUCAGGCCAGCUCUACCUCCAUAGAUGCUUUAUCAGUUACAGUUACUACCCAAAUGGGGUGCCAAGAAGAUCUUCUUCACCUUCAUUUUCCUCCUCAUCAGGGGGAAACACAGGGAAGACAGUUGCUAUAAUUCUAGGAUCAACAGCAGGAGUGGGAUUUGUGGUCAUUUGCUUGCUUUUUGCAAGAGGGUUGAUGAAAAAGCAUGAUGAUUAUUGAAAGAAGAAGAAGUGAGGAUAUGAUCUCCAAAGAUGCAAAAACCAUUCUUUUUUCUUAUGAACAGAAUGUCCCCUUUUAUCUGAAAAGGAGAUGUGAUUUUUUUGGUGGUGAAUAGAGUUUUUGUUUGAAUUGAGAAGGGAAUGAAUGAUGUAUCAAACUGAAAUAAUUUUUGCAUAAGUGAAGAAGAAGAAUGUUGGGAAUGAAAAGUGGGAGUACUCCCAUUCUCUCUUUUAAACUUAUUUGCUUCUUUCCAUAUCUAUCAUGAGGAUUUCUUCUCUCUU